UCAAGCCGGGGGGGGGGGGCCCCGCCGGCUGCACACAGGGUCCGUCGCGUCCCGGCGGCGCACAUCCGCUGAGGGAGAGCCUUGCCGGCUGCGGCGGCAACUUUGGCGUCCGUGAGAGGGCGCCCCGGGGUCAGGAUGCGGCGGAGCCCUCGCCCGGGCUCGGCCACUUCCCCUCACAAGCACACGCCCAACUUCUACAGCGACAACAGCAAUAGCUCAGUGAGCGUCACCUCGGGGGACAGCAGCGGGCACCGGUCAGCUGGGCCGGGGCCCGGGGAGCCCGAGGGCAGAAGAGCCCGGGGCUCGAGCUGCGGUGAGCCCGCCUUGAGCGCAGGAGUGCCCGGAGGAACCACAUGGGCUGGAAGCUCUCGGCAGAAGCCGGCGCCUCGGAGCCACAAUGGGCCGACCGCCUGUGGCGCGGCAACCGUGAGGGGCGGGGCCUCGGAACUGGCUGGCUCUCCCGUAGUCUCUGAGGAUCAGCUCGACCUUCUCUCAACCCUGGAUCUGAGGCAGGAGAUGCCUCCACCGCGCGUGUCCAAGAACUUCUUGAACCUGCUGUUGCAGGUGCUGAGCGUGUUGCUGUCCCUGGUAGGAGACGCGCUGGUCAUUGUGUACAGGGAGGUCUGUUCCAUCCGCUUCCUGCUCACGGCUGUGUCACUGCUGAGCCUCUUUCUGGCAGCACUCUGGUGGGGGCUGCUGUACCUGGUCCCUCCUUUGGAGAAUGAACCUCAGGAGAUGCUGACUCUAAGCGAGUACCACGAGCGCGUGCGCUCCCAGGGGCAGCAACUGCAGCAGCUCCAGGCCGAGCUGGAUAAACUACACAAGGAGGUGUCCAGCGUUCGCGCAGCCAACAACGAGAGAGUGGCCAAGAUUGUAUUCCAGAGGUUGAAUGAAGACUUUGUGAGGAAACCCGACUAUGCGCUGAGCUCUGUGGGGGCCUCCAUCGACCUAGAAAAGACAUCACACGACUAUGAGGAUGCGAACACUGCCUACUUCUGGAAUCGCUUCAGCUUCUGGAAUUACGCGCGGCCGCCAACGGUUAUCCUGGAGCCAGAUGUGUUCCCUGGGAAUUGCUGGGCUUUUGAGGGCGACCAGGGCCAGGUGGUGAUCCGGCUACCGGGUCGUGUGCAACUGAGCGACAUCACCUUGCAGCACCCACCACCCAGUGUGGCACACACCGGGGGAGCCAACAGCGCCCCCCGCGACUUCGCAGUCUACGGCCUCCAGAUUGAUGAUAAGACUGAAGUUUUCUUGGGGAAAUUCACCUUCGAUGUGGAGAAAUCAGAGAUUCAGACUUUCCACCUACAGAAUGAUCCCCCAACUGCCUUUCCCAAGGUGAAGAUCCAGAUUCUAAGCAACUGGGGCCACCCCCGUUUCACAUGUUUGUAUCGGGUCCGAGCCCAUGGCAUGCGAACUUCAGAGGGGGCAGGAGACAGUGCCACAGGGGAACCCCAUUAAACAUGCUCAUUGUUGGAGUAGAGUGCAGGUCUGUGUUCAAAGCAGCUGGAUCCAUGCUUAGGUGGGGUGGGGAGGGCUCUGGUUGCCUUUGGUAUAUAAAUAUGGUGGUAGGGGGUCUACUUUCCAAUGCACCCUCUUAAUUUGGAGAAGUUCAGAUCAAUAUGAUAGCAGCUUAUGUUUUUGGAGUACUUACCAUGUGCAAGAGAUGGUGCUCUGGAUAUUCUACACAUUAUCUAACUAAUCCUCAUAACCCCAGAGGGGGAAACCGCCCAGGUCACGAAACACUCAAGGGAACAGUGCCACAGUGGAACCCAAAUCUACCUUCUUCCAGAGGCCACCCUCUGUAACUCAGAGCUGCCAGUCAGCCUGAAGCCAUAUUUGUGCACCUUGCUUCCUACCCCUACCCUCUGGGAAAGUCCCCCCAACUCCUGCUAGGUGCAGGUGGAGAAGUUAACUACCCCUUUUCUUGAAGUAAACACUCAAAAACUAAGGAGUCUUGAGAACCUGUAGGAAGCAUCAGAGUCAGAGUUGAUGGAGGCCUCUAGCCCCAUCUCAGGCUGUCUUUACUGCAAGGCCCAGUACAAGUGGUGUAAGUGUUCAUCGGUCCCUGCCAUCAGGGAGCCUGACAGGAGGGAGGAUGCUCCAGGAAACAAUUUCUUUAUUGAUCCAAGAAUUCUUUACUCUAACGGUCAAAGUAGAAUUGGAAGAAUAAAAGAUGGAGGAGACAGGCAUCAAAAGAUUAAGGAGUUCUACCUGGACAGAGAAUAGAAAACGGGGACCAGCCUGAGCAAAGGAACAUGCACCAUCUUGCCUCUUAGGAUCCUUCCCAGUGUGUUCAUGCAUUGGAAGUAUAUACAUAUAGAUUAUGAACAGCUGUUAUAUCUCUAGGAAGUGGAAUGCAUAAGUAUGUGCAUAUCCAUUCCUUUAAAUUUUCAGGAUAUUACUUUUGUAAUUUAAAUUACUCUACUGAGGGGCGCCUGGGUGGUUCAGUUGGUUGAACAUCUGCCUUCAGCUCAGGUCAUGAU